AUGUCUUGGAUUCCAACUCAACAAUACAGACUUGCAGUUGAAAAAGAGAUCUUAGAUCGAUUUUUUCCUGGAAAAGUACAAUGGAUUGAUCCCACAGUUGCAGGCAGAACUAGAAUCGAGAUUGAAAUGACCAGCAACAGUAACCAAGUUUAUCGUCUCCGUGCCUAUGUACCGCCUGACUACCCUAAUAGUCUCCCUGAUCUGGUUGUCGCUGGUUCGCCAAAACCAAUGCCAAACUGGGGCAGCCAUCAUGCAACGCAUACAAUAGGAAUACGCGAUGGCUGCCUGAAAAUUUGUCAUUAUUAUGCACCGCGCUGGAACCCGGAGCAUACAUUUUACGAGAUCUUCGUCAAGGGUCGUGUUUGGUUGGAGGCUUACGAAGGACAUUUACAGACUGGAAAAAAUCUAGACUUUUAUCUUGGACAUAUGCGCUGA